AUGACUGGCAGGGCCAGGACUCGAGCCCGUGGCAGAGCGCGUGGUCGGGCGUCCCCGCAACCUGCUGCACCUGGAGCCACCAAGCAACCUGGUCAAAUUCAGCCUAGACUCCAGCCACUGCCAGCAGAGGGCCAAGUGGUUGAGCCUGGACAGCCAAGAGGCGCAGAAGGAACAUCUCAGCCUUCAGGGGAACUUCAGCUCUUGGCUGGAUUGCGGGCGGCAUCGCUGAGGGAGAAGAGGCCUUAUGGUGGAGUUUUUCGAGAUCUCGUAGUGAAUACUCGGCAGAACCUGGACCAUGUCAGAGAGUCGAAAACAGGCUCGAAAGGUACAGCUGUAAGGCUCUUUGCGAACCAUUUCCGGGUGACGUCCCAUCCCCAGUGCGUCACGUAUCAGUACAACGUUGACUAUAUGCCAGACAUAGAGGAUGGGAAUCUCCGUGCAGAGUUACUUAAGCAGCAUGAAUCACUACUUGGAAAGUGUUGUAUAUUUGAUGGAAACUCUUUAUUAUUACCUCGUGUACUACGUAAACGGAAAACAGAAGUGGUCAGCCUGUACAAAGGACAGCCUGUGAAGAUUAUCUUCGAGUUCUGCAGAGAACUCAAGCCCUCCUCACCAGAUUGCCUGCGCAAUUACAACAUCCUCUUUAGAAAAAUUUUGAAGUUGAUGAAUUUGAAACAAGUUGGUCGCAACUAUUACAAUAAAAGUGAGGCCACUCAGAUCUUGAAUCAUAGGUUGGAAAUCUGGCCUGGUUAUUUCACGUCUAUUCUCGAGUAUGAAAACAGUAUUACCCUCUGUGCUGACGUGAACCAUAAACUGCUCCGAAUGGAAACUGCUUAUGAUUUAAUCAUGAGGAUUUGUGACAGUAACAGAGGGGAAGAUGCCAAAAAGCAAGUUUCUAAAGCAUUAGUUGGAUUAAUUGUUCUCACCAAGCACAACAACAGAACCUACAGGGUGGAUGCUAUUAAUUGGGAGGAGACUCCUAAAGCUACGUUUAAAAAAUCAGAUGGCAAGAGAAUCACCUUUGUAGAAUAUUACAAGCAGCAAUAUGACACACAGGUCACUGACCUAACUCAGCCACUUUUGAUCAGCAAGGGAAAAUGGAAAAAGAGCCAACAGGACACACCCCAUGAACCUGUGCUGCUGGUUCCUGAGCUCUGCAGCCUGACAGGUCUAACAGAUGCAAUGCGUCAAGACUACAGGGUGAUGAGAGACUUGGCUGUUCACAUGAGGUUGGAUCCAGAAAAAAGGCAGCACGAAUUGCAAAAAUUCAUGAAUACUGUACAAAAAGAUGAGUCUGCACAAAAGGAGCUUCAACUCUGGGAUUUGACAUUUGAUACCAACUUUUUGUCCUUCUCAGGAAGACUUUUGAAAGAAGUCAGAAUUUUCCAAGGAAGAAGAAUGUUUAACUCCCAUCCACUAUUUGCAGAAUGGUCAAAAGAAACAAGAAAGGGACCCUUACUUAAGGUGAAGUCACUAGAUCAUUGGCUAAUACUUUAUACUAAGAGAAAUUACGGAGCAGCCUCUUCGUUAAUGCAGUGUCUACGGAAAGUCACACCCACCAUGGGCAUAGCGAUGAGAGACGCAAAAAUGCUUGAAGUAAAUGAUACAGUCAAAUCCUAUAUAAAUGUCUUAGAAAAACACGCUUCCUCAAAAACACAGAUGGUUCUUUGUGUGCUGUCAAGUGACAGGAAAGACAUGUAUGAUGGCAUAAAAAAAUUCCUGUGUGUCAAUUACCCCAUUCCAAGCCAAUGUGUGGUGGCACGGACCUUAGACAAACCCCAGACGCUGAUGACCAUUGCCACAAAGAUUGCCCAGCAGAUGAAUUGCAAGAUGGGAGGAGCCCUCUGGAAGGUGGAAACAGGAUUGCAGAAUACAAUGUUCAUUGGUAUUGAUUGUUUCCAUGAUAUUGUAAAUCGACAGAAGUCAAUUGCAGGAUUUGUGUCAAGCAUCAACAAUGAGUUAACGCAGUGGUUCUCUCAAUGUAUCUUCCAGGAAUCGGGGCAGGAGCUUGUGAAUGGGCUGAGGGCCUGCUUGCAAGCUGCUCUGAAGCUCUGGCGUGAACAUAAUCCAUUUAUGCCACAUUCUGUUAUUGUAUAUCGGGAUGGCGUGGGAGAUGGUCAGCUUGAAGCAUUGAUUAAUUAUGAAAUACCACAGAUUUCGUCGUACUUAAACAGUAUUUUGCAUCCAAAGACUGUCAAACUGACAGUCAUUGUGGUGAAGAAACGAAUAAACACCAGAUUUUUUAUUGAGUCUGAAGGAAAAUUUCAAAAUCCACGUCCAGGAACAGUCAUUGAUGUGGAGUUGACCAGGAAGGAAUGGUACGAUUUUUUUAUUGUGAGUCAGUCUGUGAAGGAGGGUACUGUCACUCCCACUCAUUAUAACGUCAUCCACGACACUGUUCACUUGAGCCCGGACACCGUCCAGGGUCUGACUUACAGACUCUGUCACAUGUAUUAUAAUUUGCCAGGUGUCAUUCGAGUUCCGGCUCCUUGCCACUACGCCCACAAACUGGCUUACCUUGUGGGCCAGAGCAUUCACCAAGAACCACAUCAUUCCCUGACAAACCGUCUCUUUUACCUUUGACCUACAGAAGGAAGCCUGUUG